CAUACGAUGUCAAACAUAAAUUUGAACAAAGUCUUUGACCAGGUUAGUUUUAAGAAUUCUCUCUUCACUAAACGGAAAUCCAAUCCAAUCAAAAUUCGUUCCUUUAACGUUCUUGAUUCAUAUUACCAUAUGUAUACAUAUAUUUCCUAAUCCUAGUCUACUAACCACCCAGAGCCCUCUAUAUAUACAUGCACAAUAUUCAGCCUUUCCAUAAUUCCAUUCAAAAACUCCCAAAUUCUUUCAUUCAAAAUAGAAGAAGAUCAGAACUGUUCAGUUGUUAGUCCGUACGUUACAGACGAGUCAUCUGGUGAGGCAGAGAUCGUAGCCGAUAAUGGAUCAAACGCAAAGCUGCCAACAAGAAACUCUGCAACUCUGUAGCAGAUGCCAGGAAUUUUAUGGAAGCCCACAAAAUCAUGGUCUGUGUUCAAAUUGCUAUCAAGAUUUUCUCAAAGAAAGGAUAGCUAAAUCUGCAGAAACAAUGUGCUUCAAGGAAACAUCUGCUUCCUCCUCCUUCAGCCCUUCAGUUUCAAUGAAUUCUUUAAUCGAUCCAUUGGUUGAUGCGACGAAUUCUCUUACACUUAACACCGAAACUAAUCCUCCUAGAAUUGUGAAUAACAGAUGUAAAUCUUGUAACAAGAAGGUUGGAUUGACGGGGUUUGGUUGUAAAUGUGGGGGAAGUUUUUGUGGGAUGCAUAGAUAUCCAGAGGCACAUGCAUGCAAGUUUGAUUACAAGACUCCAGCUAGGGCUAUUCUGAUGAAGGAAAAUCCAGUCUGUAAAGGAGAUAGACUCAUAGAUAGGGCUUGAUUUCGAGAAGGUUCCUUGCAGACAUUCUUGUUAAAUUUGUUCAUCCUAGGAAGUGGGAACAUCGUUCUUUGUUUAGUUAAUAAUGGGAUUGAUUUCUUUCUAUUGGCAUGUAUCAUCUCUCUCAGUUGUAAAUUUAGAAUGAAAAAAAAUACGUUACCGUAUCUUUCUUUUCCUUUACUGGGAAAGGGCUGUAGUUCAUUUUUACUUCUUUUCUUUUUUAUUUGAAGAAGUUAAAGAAAUUAACAAU